UAUAUUUAGUAUACCAAGCCAGGUUUUAUCCAUGUAUAAAAAAAAAUUAUCCAUUGGUAGAUUAUUGGUUGUUGCUAAUAUUUGGCAACUGAGUGCCACAUCAUUCACGGAAUUCUCUCAAAGAAGCUAUGGCAUUAAAUCCACUGGAAUCUAAGAAAAAUAUAUACAACAAGGUCCUUGGUGAUAGAUUACAAAAAGUACCUAAUAUCAAUAGAUAUCCUGAUGCACUUCCAACUUAUCAAACAGUCCAAAAAUCAAUGGAUAGAAUGGUUAAACAAGCUAGGCCUAACCUACCUAAAACCUCCAUGGAUCUUAUAUUACCUAUUGAGUUCACAUUAUGUGAAGGGCAACCAUUCCUUUUAGGGAACCAUAAUAAUGAAAUCUUAAUUUUUUCAACAUAUGAAUUUAUCAAGAUCCUGACAGAAUCAGAUACAGUGUACAUGGAUGGCACAUUUUUUAUAGCACCAAAUAUUUACCAGCAACUUUAUUCAGUUCAUGUUUAUUAUAAGGAAUAUAUGUUGGUUGUCAUAUAUGGCCUUUUGUCAAACAAAAGAAAAUCAACAUAUAUUAAACUUUUUAUCAUGAUCAAAGAGAUAUGUGAGAAGUAUAAUUGUAUUUGGGCACCUAAAUUUGUUCAGUUAGAUUUUGAGCAAGCUGCUAUAGAAGCUUUGCACAAAGUGUUUUUAAAGAUCCAAAUCAAAGGUUGCUUUUUCCAUUAUACCCAGUGUAUAUGGAGAAAAAUUAAUACAUUACUCUUGAAAUCCCUCUAUAAUGAGGAUCCUAUGAUGAGAACGAUUAUAAAAAGAAUGUGUGUAUUACCACUUCUAAAUCCGCAAGAUAUAAAUGAUGUGGCACUCAGUUGCCAAAUAUUAGCAACAACCAAUAAUCUACCAAUAGAUAAUUUUUUUUUAUACAUGGAUAAAACCUGGCUUGGAAAUAAUUCAAUGUUUCCUAGAGAGAUGUGGUCCAGAUAUGGUACAUCUGGACCUAGGACCAAUAAUCAUCUAGAGGGCUGGCACUCAGCAUUAAAUAAAUCAACAAGAUCUUCGCAUCCAAACAUUUAUACAUUUAUAAAUUUAAUUCAAAAAGACCACAUAUAUAAUAAAUUAAAAAAGGUCCAACUUGACCUGGGGAUGACAACAAAAAAACUAAUAAUAAAUAUAUAACAAAAGAAAAGAAUAUUCAAAAUCUAAUUACUCAAUAUAAUUUAAAAAUUAUAAAUAAAUAUUUAUUUGCUGAUAAAGCAUCUUGUUAUAUAAAACUUAUGUAUAAUUAUAAUAUAGAUGUAUAAUAAAAUAUAAUA